AUGUAUAUUACGACGUGCCUCGUCGUACCGUUCUCUGCUCAUAUUUUCUCACUCGUCUUACUUUAUCUCCAGUUUCACCCGCUGCCCCUGCUUUUCCACCCCUCCCGCGCCUCUCUUCCUUACCCCCGCCGCACUUCCCGCUUCCCUCCCUUCUCCUUACCGUUCCCCCCCCACCCUUUCCUCCUCCCGCUCUCACCGCUUUUCCUCCUCCCUUUUUGCGCGUUGCUCCUCCAGGCCUCGUCUCCGCUCCCCUCGUUGCGGUGUUGCCAUGCCAGCCAUGCUUCAAGAAGUUCUUCCGCCCUUCCCAUUCCGCCGCGGACCACGUCAGCGACGGCGGCGGCCAAUCAGGGCGAUCCACGUGGCAGCGGGCGUAAGAAACUGCUCCCGUGUCUCUCCGCGCCUCCCCUGUACAUAUCCUCCUUUUUCUAUAAGAACGUCGUAACGCCUCUGCGCUCCGCCCGUUCUCCCUCCGCCCACUCCCCCUCCGCCCGCACUCCCGGUUCCCCGCACUCCCCCGGACCUCCGACUUUCCGCCGCGCCUCCUCCUCCUGCUCUUCUUCUUCCUCCGCCAACCGCAAGCAGGGGAAUCCUUCCCGCCUGCCGCCUCUACUCCCCGCCUCCCCGCGACACCCUUCCGCCUCUUCCCCGCCGUCGUCCCCGUUCCUUCCCCGCUCCCCCUCCUUCCUCCCCAGAUCCGCGUCACUCUCCUCCGCUUCGUCCUUCCCCUCCUCUUCCUCCCUCUCCUCCCCCUCCCUUUCCUCCCCCUCAUCUCUUCCCCCCUCCCCCGCGCUCACAUCCCCGCUCUCGACCCGUCCGCGGACGUCGUCCGGCAAGACUGCCGGCGGAACAACCGGCGCCGGCAAAGUGGAAGCGCGCGCCCUGCGCUCAGGAAUCCCGGCGGCUAGCCGGCGGUCGCGACGGCAACCGGCUGACGACGAGGAGGAAUAUUUUUAUUUUCUGCCCGAUAUUGAGGACGACUGGGAGGAGGAGGAGGCCGUGCAGAGGCACCGGCGGGAGGGGCAGCGGUGGCGGGGGGACAUCGGCGGAGAGGCGCAGGGGAAGCGCGCGGAUGCGGAGCGGGGGGAGCUGGGGGGAAGUCCCGGGUACGGGAUCGGAUCUGGGUCUGGGAGUGUGUAUGAUAGCAGCGGAAAUGGCGGAUGGCUUCCCCCCUCUCAGGCGCACGUGCGGAGGCAGGUGGCGCAGUGGGCUGUGAAGGCGUUGAGAGCGGUGAAAGACAACAUGGCGCUGUCUCUGCCGCCUGAGUCGCUCAUUCUCGUGGUCUCGUGCCUUGUGGGCGUGCUGACCGGCUCGUCCGUGGUGCUAUUUAACGAUACGGUCCACAUCAUUCGGGACACGCUCUUCCAGAACGUGCCUCACGAGGAGGGCUCCGCGUGGCUGAGGGAUCAACCGGUGGGCGACGUGUGGCACCUCUUCCUGCAGCAGCAGCAGCAGCAGCGCCAGCAGCAGCGUCAGCAGGAGGACGAGACAGCAGAGCUGCAGAAAAAGCCCCCCAAGCAACCACUCCUCUCCCUGCCAUUCCUCUCCCCGGACGACCUCGCCGAGCUUAACAGCAAGGCUCGGGCCGUGGCUCGGCCGGUCCUGAAAGCCCUGGCAGCCGCGGUCACGCUCGGCACGGGAAACAGCCUCGGUCCGGAAGGCCCGAGCGUGGAAAUCGGGUCCAGCAUCGGGAAAGCCACAGGGAGUAUCGUCCGGGGGAGCCGCGAGCGCACGAUCGCACUCGUAGCAGCGGGAUCCGCUGCGGGUAUAGCAUCGGGGUUCAACGCGGCGGUUGCUGGGUGUUUCUUUGCUCUGGAAUCCGUUCUUCGGUCUUCCACGCAAGGCUCUCCUGCGAGCCUCACCACGGCCAUGAUCCUCCUGUCUUCGGUUCUCGCCGCGGUGGUCUCCCAAGCUGGUUUGGGCGCCGACCCAUCCAUCCACGUCCCCUUAUACGAGCUACGAUCGCCGGCGGAGCUCCCUCUCUAUCUCCUCCUGGGGCUGUGCUGUGGAGGGGUGUCCAUCUCGCUUACCCGCUCGGCGGCGUUCUUCUCGUCGGUGUUUGAUGGGUUGGAGGCCAACACGGCUGUGCCGCCCGUGCUGCUGCCGGCGAUUGGAGGGCUGGGGAUCGGGGUGAUCUCGCUGGUGUAUCCCGAGGUGCUCUACUGGGGGUUUCAGAACGUGAAUGACCUCAUCACAUCACACCCGCUCGUGGCCUCCCCUGCGCCGGGGUUCCUGCUGCAGCUAGUGGUGGUGAAGGUCCUCGCCACGGCCUUCUGCCGCGGAUCGCGCCUCGUGGGUGGCUUCUACGCGCCCUCGCUCUUCAUCGGGGCAGCGCUCGGGGCGGCGUAUGGGCGGCUGGCCAGUGACGUGCUGGCGUUCAUUGACCCGGACCUCACCCUCACAUGGAUCCAAGUGGCCGCUCCCCAAGCUUAUGCCAUGGUGGGAAUGGCAGCAACCCUAGCAGGAGUGUGCCAAGUUCCCCUGACCUCCGUGCUGCUCCUAUUCGAGCUCACACGGGACUACCGCAUCAUUCUGCCGCUCAUGGCAGCAGUCGGCAUCUCCUCCUGGCUCGCCUCCACUGCUGCCAGGAAGCCCCGCCGGCCCGCUCCCGGUGGCGUCACCGUCUUUGCUCCCUCCAACUCGAAUUCCCCCUCCUCCUCCGCUUCAUUCCCUUCCUCUUCAUUCCCUUCCUCCCCUCCUUACUCCUCCUCCCUGCCUUCCUCAUCCUCCUCUCCCUCCUCCUACUCCUACCCGGCUUCGUACUAUCCCAGCCCUCUCUCCCCGUCGCUAUUGCCGCUCCCUGGUCCUUAUCCAGGGGCACUCUAUACAGGGGAUAUUUAUUCUGGGUCAGGGCCUUGGAUGGGUGGCGGCGGUGGAGGUGGGGAGGGGAUGAGAAGGGAGGCUAGAAGAGAGGAGGUAGGAGGGAGAGAAUGGGAAGGUGGUGGUGCCGGUGAGGGUGGUGGAGGGAAGGGGGCUGAAGAUCUUAACAAAACUCCACCUGCUACUGCUGCUUCUGCUGCUGCGUCUGCUGCUGCUGCAGUGGCAGCAGCAGCGGCAUCUUUUUCCUCUCCCCCAGGAUACACGGCUCCUGCUUCUGCUGCCUAUGGUCCACCUGUUUCUGGUCCUGGCGCCUAUGCUGCACCCAUCUCUUCUGCCUACGAAUCACCCAUGUCCUCUCCACACUCCUCCCCUUUCGCCUCGCCUUCCUCCUCCCCUCCUUCCUCUCCUAAGCGUGCUACCCUCUCCAGAACCCCCUCCUCUGGACCCAAGGUUGCGAGUGCAGCAGCCGCGGCUGCAACAGCAGCGGCAGCAGCAGCAGCAGCAGCGGCGGCGGCAGCAGCAGCCUCUAGUGCACAGGAGAAGGCCUAUGAUAAUCCCGAGGCUUCGGCGUUCAUGCCGGAGCUAGAUCUAGCUGCGGAAGUGGCUGCCGAAGCUGCAGGCGUGGCCGCCGAAGCUGCAGCCACGGCUGCCGAAGCUGCUGUGGAAGCAGCAGCGGAAGCAGCCGAAGCUGAUAACGCUGCUCUUACCACAACAGAUGGUGAUUCUGCCCUUCCUCCUGCUACUUCUGCCAAUCCGCUCGUGCCAGCUGUCAUAUUAGACGUGGCAGGUGGGACAGGUGGAGGGGUUUCCUCAGGUGGCUUAUCAGGUGGUUCAGCAGCAGCUAUGGCGGAGUCAAAUGCGACUGUGAUUGUACUGGAGAGAGCAAGUGGACUGGUGCCCGACCGUCUACCCUCUUCUCCCCUUCCUCCACCUCCUGCAACCAGUGAGGGAAGCAACUAUGGGCUCUCACAAGAGACCCCAUCUGCUGCCUCCUCCUCUCCCUCUCCUGACCUCCCAACCCCAGACCUCCCUCCUCUUCGAAUCCCUUCCCCCACCAACCCCCAGUCCGGCUUCAUGACGCCUUCUCAACCCAGCUCUCCUCCUCCUCCUGCUGCUCCGCCCUCCUCCCCGUCGUUCGCACCCCUCCCCCCGCCGCCUCCCCUGGUUGUCGUCUCGCGCGACGACGGCGUGUCUCUAGACGUGCGCGACGGAGUGUUCUUAGAGGAGCAGCUUUUAGAGGAGCUGCCGGUGGCAGUGGCCAUGAACACCUCCUUUGCAGCAGUGGGAGUGCGAGCCAUGGUGCGGGAUGCUGUGGCGUCUAUGGUCGCGCACAGGCAGUGGUGCUGCUUGGUGCUGCAGGAUGGGGGGUAUCUGCAUGGGCUGUUGACGCUGGUGGAUGUGCAGGAGGAGGCGGAGAGGCAGCUUUCGGCUGGGGGGGCUGCUGCUGACGUGGAGGCCCUUCCUGUGAUUGCCAUCUGUCACCAGCAUCCUGAUUCCGAAGCGUUCCUCCGCUUGCCGUCAGAAUCAAAUCUUUUGCCAGAUGCCAACGGCAACCCGUCGUCCUCUUCCUCGUCUGGCAUUGCCGCCCGGAGCCGGCCGUCCGAGGCUAUCGAGGUAACCUUCCCUGAUACUACACUCCGGGCAGCACGCGACCGAAUGACAGCUCGCGGGCUUCGGCAACUUCCCGUGGUGCUGCGAGAGGAAGUGGUUGUGAGGAGGGAGAGGGUGGGGAGUGAUGCUUCUGGGAGUGGCAGCAGCAGUGGAAGUGAUAGUGACGGGGGGAGUGGUGGUUACAGCAGCAGCAGUGGUGGGAGCGGGAGUGAGAGUGAGCGUGGAAGCGGGAGUGAGAGUGAGAGGGAAUAUCGGACAGGAAAGAACGGAUGGGGAAGUGGAGGGGGGAGCAGUGGGAGUGAGAGAGAGGAAGGUGACAUGGAUGGGGAGAGUGGUUCGGAUGGCGAUAGCGUCAGCAACAAGGAUGAUGACAUGGCACCUGUAGUGCGUCUUCGGGUGCUUGGGUUGGUGGAUCGAGAUGACAUCUCACUUGCUUGCAGAGCGGAGGCCACUCGUCGCCUGCUCUCAGCCCUCCCUCGGGAUUUCCGUUCCUCUGGUGGUGGCAGUGAGGGUGCGGGCACACAGCAGACGCAGCUGGACAGCUCUCUCUUUCCAGCUGCCUGA